AUGGCGUUGACAACCCUCCUUCCUCUUCUCGGCGGCCUCGUCUUCGCCUUUCUCGUCUAUGGCUUUGUGUUCGUCGGAAGACGAGAGAAGGGUCUGCCCCCAGGUCCACCCACUCUACCGGUCCUUGGAAAUAUUCAUCAGAUUCCGAUAAAGGGAUCGUAUUUGAAGUUCACAGAGUGGGCUAAGACAUAUGGUGGAAUCUUCUCUCUGAAAAUCGGCUCUGGAACUGCGAUUGUGCUGACCGACCGAAAACUGGUCAAACAACUGGUGGACAAGAAAUCCGCAAUUUACAGCAAUCGCCCGCACAGCUACGUCUCACAUAACCUCAUCACCGGCGGCGACCACGUCCUGAUCGCCCACUAUGGGAAGACCUGGCAGCGGUACCGCAAGGUAAUCCAUCAGCACUUCAUGGAGAGCAUUGUCAUGAAAGAUCACCUGCCAUUGCAGCAGGCCGAGGCGAGCCAGCUGCUGUACGACUUUGUCCUCCGACCAGGUCAGCACAUGUGGCAUCCCAAGCGGUACACCAACAGCAUCGCCUGCGGGACCAUCUGGGGUGUGCGCAGCCCGGACAUCGACACCGAACACAUGAAGCGCCUGUACGAGUUGAUGGAGAACUGGUCAGUGGUCAUGGAGCCGGGCAACACCCCCCCGGUCGAUAUCUUUCCGGCCCUGCACUACGUGCCCGAGGCGGUGUUUGGAAACUGGCGAUCCCGCGCCAAAAACGUGGGGAAGGCCAUGAAUGCCCUGUACGGCGACAUGCUGGCUGGUCUGGAGAAGCGGCGAGCGGCAGUGGGCCCCAAAUACAGCUUCAUGGACCGAGUGCUCGAUCAAAAGGACAAACUCGAGUUGACCCGCAAUCAGCUGUGCUUCCUCGGUGGAACCAUGAUGGAAGGCGCGAGCGACACCAGUUCCAGCAUCAUUAUCGCCGCCAUGCAGGCAUUUGCCAAGUGGCCCGAGGUGAUGCGCAAGGCCCAGAAGGAGAUUGACAGCGUCAUGGGUGAGGACCGGUCGCCGCUUUGGUCCGACUAUGCCAGUCUGCCUUAUGUCGCCGCCACGGUGAAGGAGACGAUGCGCUGGAGACCGGUGGUGCCACUGGCGUUCCCACAUGCGGUGGAUGAAGAGGACUGGAUCGAUGGGUUCAAGAUCCCAAAGGGCUCCACCAUCUUCAUCAACGCCUGGGGCAUGCAUCAUGACGAGCGACGCUUUCCCAAUCCCGACACCUUUGACCCAGACCACUACAAAGGUAUCACAGCACUCGCCUCUGAACUGGCCCAAGCCAGCAAUCCCGACGACAGAGACCACUACGGCUACGGCUCGGGCAGACGCCUGUGUCCAGGGAUUCACCUCGCCGAACGCAAUCUGUUCCUCGGCAUCGCGAAACUGCUUUGGGCGUUCGACUUUGCCCCGGGCAAGGACGAGCAUGGCAACAUCGUCGAGCCUGACACGCAUCCCACCACCGGCUACAGUGAGGGUUUCCUCGUCUGCGCGAAGCCCUUUGCCUUGGACGUUCAGGUUCGAUCCGAACAGAGACGAGACACCAUCAUCCGGGAAUAUGAAGUGGCAAAGCGAGAUGUCUUCUCCUCUUUCGAAGGCUAG